AGGCAGUGGGGCUGAGCCCACCUCUUUCCUUCUGGGGCCAUCAACUUCAUCCAACAUAGGAAAAGGGGACAAUGAAACACUUUGCAACCCACCCUCAGAGGCUUCCUUCAUUUUAUAAGUCUAUCCCUGAACUCUUACCCCCAUGUACUCAGAUGCACACAACAUAAAAGCACACACAUAUCUUUUCUUCUUGUUGUUUCUUAUAUAAAUAAAAGGCAUCUUAUGAUGCUAGGAGAAUUAUUAUUUGGGGACAGUGGGGCAAUAGUUUACCUUCCUGGUAAAUGGUAUGUAGGCCAAACAGAACCUUGUGGCCCUGCUAGAUUGGAACACCACAAAACAUCAUUUUCUCUAUCCACCCAUUAACCUUAAGUUAAAUUCACCUAGGCAAUCACACUGUUGGUUUGCUUUAUGACAGGCAUCCAGAAGUCUGAUCAUGCAGGUCUCCAUGGCUUAUGGCUCACAAUGAAUGUUUUGAUUAAAUAAGUUUCAGUUCUGGUUCAUCACUUGCAUUUGAUUUAUUCUUGGAAUCUUCCUUCACAGACCUGAAAAUACCCUCAGUUAUAGCUUCUGGAAGUGACUUAAUGCCCCAAACUGUGCCUUUAAUAAUUGAAAUCCUGGAUAAGUUGAAACCCAAACUCUGUGGAUGGGCCCCAGCUUCCCUUUCCAUCUCUAAAAGAAGAUCAUGAAAACCAGUCUAUUCUGAUCACCGGAGAAUCCAGGGCAGGAAAGACUGUGAACACCAAAAGGAUCAUCCAGUACUUUGCAACAAUUGCAGCACCUGGAGACCUCACCAAGAAGAAGGACUCCAAAAUGAGUUUGCUGCAUCUGGAGGAGCUCACUGGAGAAUCUCCAGCAGCGGAGCGGGCCUUCAACUACCAUCUCACCACCUGGUGAGGGGCAAAGCCCUUCAAGACUCCAGAGGCUCCAUGACCCUGGACAGGCCAGGGGAAGGGGCCACCAUGCUGCGGACAUUCACUCUCUUACUCUUUUGCAUUCGGUUGAGUCUGGGUAUGAUACCAAUAGCAAUGAUACAAUCUCAACCAGAGCUGUGGAUAGAGACCAACUACCCCCAGGCCCCUUGGGAGAACAUCACACUUUGGUGCAAAAGCCCCUCUCGGAUUUCAAGCAAGUUCCUGUUGCUGAAAGAUAAGACACAGAUGACCUGGAUCCGCCCUUCCCACAAGACCUUCCAAGUUUCAUUCCCCAUUGGUGCCCUUACUCAGUCCAAUACAGGUCUUUACAGGUGCUGCUACUGGAAGGAGACAGGCUGGUCAGAGCCCAGUAAAGUUUUAGAGUUGGAGGCACCAGGCCAGCUGCCCAAGCCCACCUUCUGGAUCCAGGCUGAGACCUCCCCUCUUCCUGGAUGUAAUGUUAACAUACUCUGCCAUGGCUGGCUGCAGGAUCUGGUAUUCAUGCUGUUCAAAGAAGGAUAUGCAGAACCCGUGGAUUACCAAGUCCCAACGGGGACAGUGGCCAUAUUCUCCAUUGCCAACAUGACACCUGAGAGUGAAGGGGUUUACAUCUGCCGCACUCAUAUCCAGAUGCUCCCUACCCUGUGGUCAGAGCCCAGCAACCCCCUGAAGCUGACUGUGGCAGGACUCUAUCCCAAACCAACUCUGACAGCCUAUCCUGGGCCCAUCAUGGCACCGGGAGAAAGCCUGAAUCUCAGGUGCCAAGGGCCAAUCUAUGGAAUGACCUUUGCUUUAAUAAGGCUUGAAGACUUGGAGAAGUCCUUUUACCGCAAGAGGCCAUUAAAAAAUGAGGCAUAUUUCUUCUUCCGGGCUUUGAAAAUCCACGAUGCUGGACAUUACCUCUGUUUUUACUAUGAUGGGUCAUACAGGGGUUCACUCCUUAACGAUAUCCUGAAAAUCUGGGUAACCGACACUUUCCCCAAGACCUGGCUACUUGCUCAGCCCAGUCCUGUGGUCCAAAUGGGUCAGAAUGUGAGCCUGUGGUGUCAAGGGCCAGUGGAUGGAGUGGAGCUUGCAUUCUAUAAGAAAGGAGAAGACAAAACACUUCAGCUCUUGGAUACCACCAGCAUCAGUGAUGAUGAGUUAUUCUUCCUCAACAAUGUGACCUAUAGUGAUGCUGGCAUCUAUAGCUGCCACUAUCUCCUCUCCUGGAAUACCUCCAUCAGGAUGUCAUCACACAACACCGUGGAGCUUGUGGUUGUAGAUAAGCCCCCCAAACCUUCCCUGUCAGCCUGGCCCAGCACCGUGUUCAAGCUAGGAAAGGUCAUCACCCUUCAGUGCCGAGUACCUCAACCAGUACUUGAAUUUUGUCUGGAAUGGGAAGAAAGAGCAACAUCCCCAAAAUUCUCAGUGGAUGGAGACUUCAUCAUCAGUAAUGUUGAAGGGAAAGGUACGGGGACCAACAGUUGCAGCUAUCGCAUAGAGGCACAUCUUAACAUCUGGUCACAUCGCAGUGAGCCUCUGAAACUGAUGGGACCAGCAGGCUUUCUCACCUGGAAUUACGUUCUGAAUGAGGCUAUCAGGUUGUCCCUAAUCAUGCAGCUUGUUGCCUUGCUGUUGGUAGUGCUGUGGAUAAGGUGGAAGUGUCGGAGACUCAGAAUCAGAGAAGCCUGGUUGCUGGGAACAGCUCAAGGGGUCACCAUGCUCUUCAUACUCACAGCUCUUCUCUGCUGUGGACUGUGCAAUGGGGUAUUGACAGAAGAGACUGAAAUAAUCAUGCCAACCCCAAAGCCUGAGCUGUGGGCAGAGACCAACUUCCCUCUGGCCCCGUGGAAGAACUUAACCCUCUGGUGCAGAAGCCCUUCUGGCUCAACUAAGGAAUUUGUAUUGCUGAAGGACGGGACCGGGUGGAUUGCAACUCGCCCAGCCUCAGAGCAGGUCCGGGCUGCCUUCCCCCUUGGAGCCCUGACCCAGAGCCACACCGGGAGUUACCACUGCCAUUCGUGGGAGGAGAUGGCUGUGUCAGAGCCCAGUGAGGCACUUGAGCUGGUGGGGACAGACGUCCUCCCCAAACCUGUCAUUUCUGCUUCCCCCCCAGUUCGGGGCCAGGAACUUCAAAUCCGGUGCAAAGGAUGGCUGGCAGACAUGGGGUUUGCUCUGUAUAAGGAGGGAGUGCAGGAACCUGUCCAGCAACUUGGUGCCCUUGGGAGAGAAGCCUUCUUUACAAUCCAAAGAAUGGAGGAUAAAGAUGAAGGCAAUUAUAGCUGCCGCACUCACACUGAAAAGCACCCCUUCAAGUGGUCUGAGCCCAGUGAGCCCCUGGAGCUUGUCAUAAAAGAAAUGUACCCCAAGCCCUUAUUCAAGACAUGGGCCAGUCCUGUGGUCACUCCUGGUGCCCGAGUGACUUUCAAUUGCUCCACCCCCCACCAGCAAAUGAGCUUUAUUCUUUACAAAGAUGGAAGUGAAAUAGCGUCCAGUGACAGGUCUUGGGCGAGUCCGGGAGCCAGUGCAGCCCACUUUCUGAUCAUUUCAGUGGGCAUUGGUGAUGGAGGGAAUUACAGCUGCCGCUAUUAUGACUUUGCUAUCUGGUCUGAGCCCAGUGACCCUGUGGAGCUCGUGGUGACAGAAUUCUACCCCAAACCCACUCUCCUGGCACAGCCGGGUCCUGUGGUGCUUCCUGGGAAGAAUGUGACCCUGCGCUGCCAAGGGGCUUUCCAGGGCAUGAGGUUUGCCCUCUUGCAGGAGGGAACCCAGGUUCCCUUACAGUUUCAGAGUGCCUCAGGGAACGUGGCUGACUUCCUCCUCCACACUGUUGGAGCAGACGACUCUGGCAACUACAGCUGUGUCUACUAUGAGACCACUAUGUCAAACAGGGGAUCAUAUCUCAGCAAGCCUCUUAUGAUCUGGGUGACUGACACAUUCCCCAAGCCAUGGUUGUUUGCUGAGCCCAGUUCUGUGGUUCCCAUGGGGCAGAAUGUUACUCUCUGGUGCCAAGGGCCAGUCCAUGGAGUAGGGUACAUUCUGCACAAAGAAAUAGAAGCCACUUCAGUGCAGCUCUGGGGAUCCAUCAGUAAUGAUGGGGCAUUCCCCAUCACCAAUAUAUCUGGUGCUAACAUAGGUCGUUACAGCUGCUGCUACCAUCCUGACUGGACCAGCCCUAUCAAGAUACAGCCUAGCAACACCCUGGAACUCAUAGUCACAGGUUUGCUCCCCAAACCCAGCCUAUUAGCCCAGCCUGGUCCCAUGGUGGCCCCUGGAGAAAACAUGACUCUUCAAUGUCAAGGGGAACUGCCAGACUCAACAUUUGUCCUGUUGAAGAAGGGUACUCAAGAGCCCUUAAGGCAACAGAGGCCAAGAGGGUACAGGGCUGACUUUUGGAUGCCAGCAGUGAGCAGUGAAGAUUCUGGGAUGUAUAGCUGUGUUUAUUAUUUGGAUUCUGCUCCCUUUGCAGCUUCUAAUCACAGUGACUCCCUGGAGAUCUGGGUGACUGAUAAGCCCCCUAAACCCUCCCUGUCAGCCUGGCCCAGCACUGUGUUCAAGCUAGGAAAGGAUAUCACCCUUCAGUGCAGAGGACCCCUGCCAGGUGUGGAGUUUGUCCUGGAACAUGAUGGAGAAGAAGCACCUCAGCAGUUUUCAGAGGAUGGAGACUUUGUCAUCAACAACGUAGAAGGAAAGGGCAUUGGAAACUAUAGCUGCAGCUACCGUCUGCAGGCCUACCCUGAUAUCUGGUCAGAGCCUAGUGAUCCCCUGGAGCUGGUGGGGGCAGCAGGGCCUGCCGCUCAGGAGUGCACUGUGGGGAACAUUGUCCGAAGUACCCUGAUCGUGGUGGUGGUUGUAGCUUUGGGGGUGGUGCUAGCCAUAGAGUGGAAGAAGUGGCCUCGACUCCGAACCAGAGGCUCAGAGACAGAUGGAAGAGACCAGACCAUAGCCUUGGAAGAGUGUAACCAAGAAGGAGACCUGGGCACCAAUACCAACUCUCCCUCAUCAAUCUCUCAGGGAACCUCAGUGGAACUGCCGGUCCCAAUAUAAUAAUCUCCUCCUUGGCAAGAGCUUUCCUCUCCUCUUUUUUAUCCUCAGAGACCUGCAAAUCUGACUGGUUUCCCUGGGAGUCCACCCCAUCUACUGUUCCUUGGCCACUAAUCACCUGAGAUAGGUCAAGGGGAUUUUAGGAGUUGAGAGCCCUACCAGGGUGAGAUGUUUCCUGAAGAGAGAUUCCCUGCCCUCGUAACUCCUCACUGUACUGAUUUACUGGUGCAUGAAAUUCUAUUAAAAAUGUAUUCUUCUGAAUAAAGAGAGGAUUCACUAUUUAACUGCAAA